AUGGGUAUCUAUAUCCUUGCCAUUGGCGCCAUUUUUCUUAUUCUAUAUGCCACCUGCUAUCCAUACAAGCUCCCUAGAAAUAUCCCCAGAAUUCCAAUCUGGAUCACACUUUAUGACACCUUUUACGGUACCUCAAGAGUCAGCUUUUAUAAUAAAUAUGUACGCAGGCUAGCAGAAAAACACGGCGCGGUUAUUAUCUGGCAUCUUGGCAAAUGGAGUGUCCACAUCACAAAGCCGGAGUAUCUAAUGCAGAUGUUCUGCGACGACACUACGUUCGCGAAGGGUGGCUCAUAUGCGAGAGUCCCGUGGGGCCCUCUAGCCCAAUUAUUUGGGGAGAAUAUCAUUGAUACAACUGGCCAGGUGUGGAAGAAACAAAGAAAGAUUCUGCAGCCAGCGAUCAAAAGACAGUUUGACAUUGCGUACAUGAAGCAGACAUCUUCAGAGUUACGGGCCAAUUUGUGGCAACAGCACGAGGUGCAGGAUAAAGGCUGCGUAAUUGAGAUCGACAUUGACAAUCAUGUGCAGCAUUGGGCACUCUCUAUUUGUUCCAAAUACUUUAUGGGCAUCAAUUUAGAGAAUGUACCUGAUAUUGCCAAUCGACUGGCUCGGGUCCUAACAGACCAAAAGAAGGGCCUUAUGGGGGGGAUUACUAUGGUCUUCCCUAUCUUGCAACGGUUUCCUUGGUUAUUUCCGUCAAAUCGUCGAGCAUUUCGCUUGGUCAAGGAAUUUGAGGAAGUCGUUCUCGAAAUUUCCAAGCUAAAAGCAGACGAUACGUCCAGCGCCGAUGGCAACUUAAUAAGAAAUCGCCUAAACGUUGCUCUGGAAGACGGAGCGAUUUCAGAUUUUCAUUAUCGCUCCAAUAUGAAGCAGUUACUUCUUGCUGGCUUCGAGGAAGUCGAAUCAGUCCUUCUGUCCACCGUUAUGUUAUUAGCAAAGAACCCCCAGAUUCAAUCUGCAUUACGCGCCGAAAUGUCUUCUUCUGUGCCGGUCCAAUACAGUUUCGAAGAUUUGGACAAGCUUCCCCUUCUUCUAGCGGUUAUUUUAGAGACUUUGCGUCUCCAUCCGCCUUUUCCCUCGCUCACGAACCGCUACACAACCCGUCCAGUCCUUCUAGGGGGCAACAUCAGCCUUCCCGCCGGUAUAUGGAUUGGAUGGAAUGCAUAUGCAGUCCACACUGAUACGCAGAUCUGGGGAUCGGAUGCCCUUGAAUUCCGUCCCAACAGAUGGGGAAAAGACGUCUCGAGUAUUUAUGGCAUGUUCCGGGUCCAGCAAGCGAAGGCAAUGUUUAUUCCUUUCUCGACACGUUCAAGGACCUGCCUGGGAGUCUCUUUUGCACUAAUGCAGCUCAAGAUUGUCCUAUAUGAGCUAUUCAGCGAACUCGAAUGGAGCAUAUGUAACGACAACAUGACCACUCUACGCAAAGGUCCGUUAGUAAACCCAAGUCAGUGCAAAUUCACCCUAAAGAGAACACGUCAAUUAGUCCCAUGA